UUGACUAAAUUACUAGGGUAACAAAUAUUAAUUAAAAUAUAUAUUAACUGUGUAAUACAUAGUUAGUUCAUCAACUAAAAAAAAGUACAUAAUUAGUUCAAUUCUUAAAUUAUCAUAGAAAAAUCUUAUAAUUUUUAACUAUAUAUAUUAUGUUAAUUUUGUAUUAGUGAUUCAUUUCAGUGCCCUUUAGAUCAUUUGUUUUGUUGUAAAACAAAAAGACAAUGGUGAAUUGGUGGUGGGAACGAGCAACAAGAGAUGCAAAGAAAAGAGUCAAUAAUUACCAGAACGUGGCUCUUGUGGUGGGCGUAACUGGCAUCGUGGGCAAUAGCCUCGCCGAGAUUCUACCUCUCUCCGACACCCCUGGCGGACCCUGGAAGGUCUACGGCGUGGCUCGUCGGCCCCAACCCACUUGGAACGCUGACCACCCAAUUCACUACAUUCAGUGUGAUGUUACUGACCCGAACCAGACGCGAGACAAGCUGUCUAAACUCUCUGAUAUCACCCACAUCUUCUACGUCACAUGGACCAACAAACCCACCGAGCUCGAGAAUUGUGAUUCCAAUGGCCGAAUGCUAAAGAAUGUCCUCGAAGCAGUUAUCCCUCAUGCGCCAAAUCUCCAACACGUGUGUUUGCAGACCGGGCUGAAACACUACAUCGGCUCCUUUGAGUUUCUUGGCAAGGUUCGACCCCACGAGACUCCGUUCCAUGAAGACUUGCCGAGACUCGUCACGCCCAACUUUUAUUAUACUCAGGAAGAUAUUUUAAUGGCGGAAGUAGAGAAGAAGGAAGGGUUGACUUGGUCUGUCCACAGGCCUGGACUCAUAUUCGGAUUCUCUCCGUACAGUUUGAUGAAUGUUAUUAGUGGUCUUUGCGCUUAUGCAGCCAUGUGUAAGCACGAGGAUAAGCCACUCAAGUUUUUGGGCACUCGGGCAGCCUGGGAUUCUUCAUGGGAUGCCUCUGACGCUGAUUUGAUCGCGGAGCAUCAGAUAUGGGCGGCGGUGGAUCCCAACGCCAAGAACCAGGCCUUUAAUUGCAGCAAUGGUGACAUUAUCAAGUGGAAGCAUAUGUGGAAGGUGUUGGCUGAGCAAUUUGAUGUUGAGUAUGAGGAAUUUGAAGAUGAUGAUGGGGAUGGAGAUUCGAGGCUAAGAUUGGUGGAAGAGAUGAAAGAUAAGAGUGAAGUUUGGGAUGAAAUUGUAAGGCAGAAUGGUCUGGUGCCUACGAAAUUCGAAGAUGUUGGGUGUUGGUGGUUUGUUGUUGCUCAUUUUGGAUAUUCAGACACUGAGAAAAUUGAGAGUAUGAACAAGAGCAAAGAGCAUGGUUUUGUGGGGUUUAGAAAUUCAAAGACCUCGUUCAUUUAUUGGAUUGAUAAGUUGAAAGCUAAUAAGAUAGUUCCUUGAUUAUUAUAUAGUAUGUAAGUUAAGAGCUUAUAGUACUUUUGUUUUGUGUUUUCCAAAUAAACUGUUUGUUUGAAUGGACUUCAUUCACACAUCAUAUCUAUUUUAUUACAUAUUAUUAGGGACUCUGUUUAGAGUUAGUUAGUGAACUGUUAUUCUGUUAAUUCAGAGCAGUUAGAAGGUUGUUAGGAGUAGUUAAUCAGCUCCUUUUCUUUCCUUUCUCUCUAUUCUGAUGUAUAUAAAUACAGUUCCCAUUGUACUCUAAACACUUGAUGAAUACAAUAAAACACAAUUGAUCUUUCUCUC